UUCACUCUAUCAGCCAUUACUCUCAAUAAUUUCCAAAGCAAACCCCUCCCUCGUGUUCCUUCUACAACAACCCUAAAACCCCUCCUGCUUUCUCUUCACAACCACACAAAUUGAUCUCUCAUUUCAACAUCCUACAUAUAUACUUACUUCUUUCUACUUUAAAUACAUUUAACUCUCCAAUCUUUUCUAUCUUCAACUUCUCAAUUUCCUUUGAUAUAUAUACCUUUUCAAGUCAUGUCCAUCACUGGAAUACAUCCUGAAACUACUGAAAAAAUGUCCAAGAAAAUUAUCCAAUGGAGAAAUAAUGAUUCAGGAGAGAUUGAUGUGUUUGAGGCAGCAAAGUAUUUCUCAGGUGCAAAUGAAGAAUAUUACAACAACAACAACAACAACAACAACAAGCAUCAAAGUUUAAGAGGUGGAAGAAUGAGUUUUGACAUGCCUAUAAUGAGAAAUUCAUCACUUCUUCCUACACAAACUACUACUUAUAUUAUGGAAAAACCAAUGAUCAAAAAUAAAGAUCAAAAGAAAUACAAGCAACCAAGUUCUCCAGGUGGUAGACUUGCUAGUUUCUUGAAUUCUCUCUUCAACCAAACAUCAUCCAAGAAAAAGAAAUCAUCAAAAUCUUCAGCACAAUCUUUGAAAGAUGAAGAUGAAAGUCCAAGUGGAAGAAGGAAAAGAAGAAGUAGUAUAAGUCAUUUUAGCUUUAGAAGCUCAAGCAUUACUACUACUACUACUAAUAGUAGUGAUUCAAAGUCCAUUUACUCUUCAUCAAAUUCUGGUUUUAGAACUCCACCUCCUUAUACUCCUACUCCUACAAAAUCAUAUAAAGAUUUUAGAAGCUUUUCAGAUCAACAACAAGUAGUAAAGUAUAAGCAAGCUGCAGCUUUACAACAAGAAGUAUGUGGUGACAAGAAAAGCACAGAUUAUUCUUGGUUGGAUGAGAAGUUAAAGUUGAGCAAAAAUAAUGGUGAAAGGUAUAUUAAGAGCACAAAUAGUGGAUUGUCAUAUGAGAAAAGCAAGACAUAUAACAAGGUUGUUGAUGUUGAUGAUGAUGAUGGUGCAGAUAGUGAUUCAAGUUCUGAUUUGUUUGAUUUACCAAAUAUUGACUUGGAUUUCUAUUCAUCAAGUGGUUUGCCAGUUUAUGAGACUACACAUAUGGAUAAUGUCAAGAGGGGUGCAACAAUUUCCAGUGGCCCAAUUUGAAGGGAAGUCUUGGCACAAAGGAAAAAAUGGCAACGAGUUGGUUACAGUUUAAGCCGUGAAAUAAAUCUCUUUCAAAGUACAAAAUCAGGCCGCGUGCAACAGACUCGAUCUGGUCCGACCUAUUCCCUAACCCUGCGCAUAGCAGGAGCUUAGCAAUCCCUUUUUUUUUUUUUUUUUUUUUGGCCUUUUAUUCAUUUCCAUCUCCUUCACAAAAUAUUCACAUUGAGCUUUUCCUCUUCUUUUUUUUGUGACUGAUGUUAGGAGCCAUGAAAAAGGAAGUCUUGAUUUUCUUUGUCAGGAUAUGGGCAUAGAUCUGCCUUUUUUUCUUUUUUUGUGCUCCUUUAGAAGUUUUUGCAAAGCUUUUUACUGUAUGUACAGUUUGGAAUGUCUUGUUUGCCUUGACUUUUAGUGCUUUACUUUGUAUAGCUAUUAUAUAUAUGAAAUGGGAAUGGACUCUGGAGUG